GCUCCAUCAUAUUAAAAAGUAAGUUCAGAGAAAUGACAGAUUUGAACAACAUUAAGGUUUAUGUGAGGUUCAAACCAACGAGGGAAGGCACUGACAGCUCGCUUCGAAACCGGGACGUAUCCCCCAAUCACUAUCAGAUCAUAAACGAUUCACAAACAGUGAAUAUUGUUCCACAAAAGAUUCCACGAAGGCCACUAGCGUUGGAGAGCAAACAGAGUACUUUACUGAAUGAUAAUGGGUCGAGGUCUUUCAAUUUUACUUACGAUCAUGUCUUCUCGAGCAACGCAACUCAGGACGAGAUAUUUCAGCAAACAAUAUCGCCCGUUAUACGAUCCACUAUGCAAGGAUACAACGCUUCAAUACUGUGUUACGGUCAGACAGGAAGUGGGAAGACGUAUACCAUGAUGGGAGAUACAGAUGACCAUGAGCAGAGGGGAAUCAUUCCGAGGCUGUUCACUGAAAUUUUCAACGAGAUUGACGGUGCCCCAGAUACAUCCCAAUACACUAUUGCGCUUUCAUACUUUGAGAUUUACAAUGACGUGAUCAACGAUUUGUUGAGCCCGAAAUGUGAGGCAAGUCAGAUAUACAUAAGAGAAGCAAGUGGGGAUAAUAUCAAAGGUUCAGGACCAAGUACGGGGGAGGAAUUUGAUAGCAACUCUUUGACCCAGCCAAACGUUUAUGUGGAAGGUUUAGACAAGUUCUAUGUUGCCGAUAUCGAUGACAUCAACCAGGUUCUUAAAAUAGGUAACGCAAACAGAGAAGUGGCUGAAACGAGGAUGAACAGUUCCAGUUCCAGAUCACACUCUAUUCUACGGGUGGAAAUUUGCGUACGUGAGCACAAUAAUGGUUUCCCAUCUUCUGAACAGGAAAUAGUGAUGUACAAUAGCACCCUUUUUUUGGUUGAUCUCGCUGGUUCUGAGAGGCUUACAAAAUCUGGGACGAACUCCUCGCAUGCAUCUCUUAAAGAGACGAUUGGCAUCAACACAUCUCUUUCUGCCCUAGGCAACGUUAUCAAUUUGCUCGGAUCGGAAAAUGCCGUGAAUGGUAAAAGGCCCUAUAUCCCAUACAGAGAUUCAAAACUUACUAGAGUUCUUGCAAACUCAUUGGGUGGCAACUCCAAGACAGCUAUGAUAAUCACAUGCUCCUCAGAUCUGGACGAUUUCAACGAGACUUUAUCGUCUUUACGAUUUGCACAGCGUGCGAAGAAUGUUCAUAACACAGUGAGUAGAAAUGAAUCUGUUGUUGAGAACAGCCGAUAUGAAUUCUCUCCAGACAUAGAUUCUGGUGACACGCUCAAAAGCUGGAAAUCCAAAUAUGUCAACGCUUUGAAGAAGAUCAUUGAUCUCGAAGCCAGAAGUGAAUCACCGGUGUUUUCAUCAUUUCAUCAUGACAGCAGUGGAAACGAAAUUGGGGAGGAUGCCAAAAGCAUAGCCAAGCUGAGAAUGGAAAACGCAAACCUGAGAAAAGAGCUCAACAUAUAUAAAACAUCAGUGGAAGCAAUGAACAAUAAUAAAAUAACAGAAAAGAUUGACUUCAUGAUGACACUCCGAUCAUUUCAGUCUCUCAAAGCGGAUGUUGAGAUAUACAAGAAGCUACUUGUUACAAAGACUGAUCAAAUCCUACAGUUAGAAGAUGAAAUUGAGGAGUUGAAAUCAAGAAAUUCCAAUGUGGCUGACCAUGGUGUGAAAGAGCUAGACUCUUUGCAUACCAUGAAGUCGAUGUCCAACAAAAUUCAGGAGCAAAAUGAUGAGCUGCUGCAGCAAGUGGAGAAGGCCGAACAACUGCUGAUGCGCAAGGAGCAGGAGCUGAAAAGCGUGACCUUGAAGUGGUCAAACAGAGAUAUGGUGGUGAAUGAGGAGCAAAAUGAAGUUGAGCAAAAGCUUGAGCAAAUGAGUAGACGCUUGAAAUCCGCUGUCAAUGGAGAUUUGUUGCUGAGUAAUAAUGAGAACGGUGGUGGCAUCAAAAUAUUUAGUGACCUCGAAAAGAUUGGAGCUGACUUUGUUGCAAAUGCCAAUGGCAACACUAGCAGUGUCGGUAAAAAGGGAGUUAACUUACGUAUAGUCAAGCCACGUUGAUUUACAGCGAGGAAGAAGGAC